AGAGAGCUGAAAUAAAGAUAGAUUUUGCUUGAAAUUCUGAUUUGGGGUGGGGGUUCCCUGCUUGCUAGUUUUAUUAUUUUAUUUCCGUCUUUUUUUUUCUUUCUUAGAUUUAUACCUAGUACUGUAUGUGCUGAUAUCCUUUGAGGGUUGGUGUAAAUCAGUGUAAUAUUUCUUCCAUACCUGGAGAGGAGCAUCACUACAUGUAACAAGAUAUGCCUUUGAUCGGAGGAUGGAUUGGCUAUGGGUGAAAGUAAACGUGACCCAUAUGUCAGCGUUUUAGGAUGGCCAGUGAAGGCUCCAGCAUCCCCAGUCCUGUGGUGCGUCAGAUUGACAAACAGUUCCUGAUUUGCAGUAUAUGCCUGGAUCGCUACAAGAACCCUAAAGUACUCCCCUGUCUACACACCUUCUGUGAGAGGUGCUUACAAAACUACAUUCCUGUCCAUAGUCUGACCUUGUCGUGUCCAGUGUGCCGCCAGACGUCCAUCCUGCCAGAGAAGGGGGUUUCCGCUCUGCAGAACAACUUCUUCAUCACCAACCUGAUGGACGUGCUGCAGAGGUCGCCGGACAGCAGCAGCGAGGACUCCACCAUAUUGGAGACUGUUACCGCUGUGGCCACUGGCAAGCCACUCUCCUGCCCCAACCAUGGAGGGAAUGUGAUGGAAUUUUACUGCCCCUCGUGUGAGACAGCGAUGUGCCAGGAAUGUACAACGGGCGAGCAUGCCGAGCAUCCCACAGUCCCUCUCAAAGAUGUCGUUGAGCAGCACAAGGCUUCUUUACAGGAUCAGCUAGAUGCUGUCAAGAACAGGCUGCCUGAAAUAGACUCUGCACUUCAGUUCCUGUCCGAAAUCCUGCAGCAGCUCACCAGCCAGAAGUCCAGCAUUGAGGAAGACAUUCACUCCACCUUUGACGAGCUCCAAAAGACCUUGAACGUGCGGAAGAGCGUUCUGCUUAUGGAACUCGAAGUGACGUACGGCCUCAAACAAAAAGUUCUCCAGGCACAGCUGGACACUCUUCUCCAGGGUCAAGAGGGCAUCAAGAGCAGCUGUAACUUCACGGAGCAGGCUCUGCAUCAUGGCACCGAGACAGAGGUGCUACUGGUAAAGAAGCAGAUGAGUGAGCGGCUGAGCGAGCUGGCCAGCCAGGAUUACCCUCUGCAGCCUGAGGAGAAUGAUCAGCUGGACUUCCUCAUUGAGACUGAGGGCCUCAAGAAGUCCAUCCACAACUUGGGCACCGUCAUCACCACCAAUGCCGUGGCCUAUGAGACGGUGGCCACGGGCGAGGGGCUGCGGCAGUGUGUGGUGGGCCAUCCCACCUCCGUCACCAUCACCACCAAGGACAAGGAUGGGGAGCUGUGCAAGACCGGAAAUGCCAGCCUUGCUGCAGAGAUCUUCACCCCCGAUGGGAGCAUUGCGGAUGGGGAGAUCUUGGACAACAAAAACGGCACUUAUGAGUUCCUGUACACUGUACAAAAGGAGGGAGGCUUCAUGCUCUCGCUGAGACUCUACGACCAGCACAUUAAGGGCAGCCCCUUCAAACUAAAGGUGACCAAGUCCACCGACGUGUCGCCCACCACAGAUGGGGUUAAGAAGCGAGUCAAGUCCCCUGGCAGCGGACACGUGAAGCAGAAGGCUGUGAAAAGGCCGGCUAGCAUGUUCAGCACAGGGAAGCGGAAAGAGAACCCCAUUGAGGAUGAUUUGAUUUUCAGAGUUGGUACCAAGGGAAGAAACAAAGGGGAAUUCACAAACCUUCAAGGCGUGGCAGCCUCCUCCCUUGGAAAGAUUUUGAUUGCAGACAGUAACAAUCAGUGUGUACAGAUAUUUUCAAACGAUGGGCAGUUUAAAAGCCGGUUUGGUGUCCGUGGCCGGUCUCCAGGUCAGCUGCAGCGCCCUACAGGGGUGGCCCUCCACCCCGACGGGGACAUCAUCAUCGCAGAUUAUGACAACAAAUGGGUCAGCAUUUUCUCAUCCGAUGGGAAAUUCAAAACUAAAAUCGGUUCAGGGAAACUUAUGGGGCCCAAAGGUGUGUCGGUGGACCGGAACGGUCACAUCAUUGUGGUGGACAACAAGGCCUGCUGCGUGUUCAUCUUCCAGCCCAAUGGGAAGAUGGUGACAAAGUUUGGUAACCGUGGAAACGGAGACAAGCAGUUUGCAGGUACACUUGAUGGUCCUCACUUUGCUGCAGUGAACAACAAUAAUGAAAUCAUUGUUACUGAUUUCCAUAACCAUUCUGUCAAGGUUUUCAAUCAGGAGGGAGAAUUCGUAUUGAAAUUCGGGUCAAAUGGGGAAGGAAACGGCCAGUUUAAUGCCCCUACAGGAGUGGCUGUGGAUGCCAAUGGCAAUAUUAUCGUGGCAGACUGGGGAAACAGUCGAAUACAGGUGUUUGAUGGCAGUGGAUCAUUCCUCUCCUACAUUAAUACAUCAGCUGAUCCUCUAUAUGGUCCCCAAGGUCUGGCCCUCACCUCCGAUGGCCAUGUUGUGGUAGCAGAUUCUGGGAACCACUGCUUUAAAGUGUAUCGUUACUUACAAUGACAGCAGUCUGCACACCCUCCCCUGCCUCCAUUUCCCUCCAGACCAUCUGGAUGCAUCUGCAGUACCAAACUAGUCUGCCAUCCACUGGGGUUGGAAGAGAGUCACUUUCAGCUGUUCUUUGUUGUGGAUUUCCCUUUGCCCUUCUCCAUUAACGUCAUGAGAACUAGAGAAUUCCGUUGCCUAUGAUUUUCAGUGUCCAUCCACGUACAGCCUGCUUUGAGCAUCAAGUGCUUUAGUGAAACAUGAGGACACAGUGCCAAGUUUAAAGUAAAUAAAUAAAUAAAUCUUAAACUUGAAUAUGAAUACUAUGUUGUAGUCUACUACUACUACUGCUACUUGUAUAGUUUAAGAGCAUAAUCUAUUGCGGUAGCUGGAAUCUUGAGCUUUCGGAAUGCCUGUAUGCUUAUGCGAUGCUGUAGUUUUUACUAAGUUUCUCUUUUGCAAAAAAAAAAAAAAAAAAAAAAAAAGGCGUGAAUGCUGAAUGUUACUCUGUUGUUAUUGUUUGAUUGAUUAACACUCAUUAGCUGCAGAACUGAAAAUAACAUCAAUAAAACAGCAUAUUAUAAGGUAAUGCAGUUAGGUGGUAAGUGUUAAUCGGGACUUGGAAACUGAGAAAGUGUGUGGCGUCUUAAUUAAAAGAGAGGGAAAUAAAAUGGGCAAGGUGGUAUCUUUGGCUGUCUCUUAACUCAGUCAGUAGCUCUAAGAAAAAAAAAGGGUUGUACUUCAAACAUUUCAAAUUGUUGUUUAUGUAUACAAAGCCUGGCAGUUAAGCACAGUUUAUGUUUCUGUCCACGAUUUACAUACACAUUUUAACAUUUAACUCGGCCUUCAAUUUCAGUGAAGCAAAAACGGCUAUCAUUGUAAGCUUCUGUAAUUAUCAUGAAACAAAGUGUUUGCAGAACCUGAAGUGACUAGCCAACACUUAAUUUGAUUUAUACAUAUUAUUAAUUUAUUGUUAAUAGUAAUUAAUUAAAUAUUUCUGUAAAAUUAUUGAGACUUGAACAAUAUCAUGUUUUGUAUUUUCCAAAGGCUUCUUGUGUCUCCAAACAUGAUGAGUUUUGUUAGAGUACAUCUACAGUAUGUGUGGAAUAAACAGUACUGCAUAUUUUACACAAGGUUGUCUUCAUUUAUAAAUAAAACACUGAUACCAACUGAUAACCCAUUCAGUGCUCUGUUCAGUUAAAUUGUUUUGAAAUAAUAUCAAUAAGCAAUUAUGGCUUUCAUUUUCUCCCAUAUGUGAAAAUAAUGUCUAAAUUGACACUGCUUAUACCUCCUUUUGCAAAGAUUACUGCAAGUAUAAUGAACAAUAUCGAUUUAAUACAAUUGGGUUUACUUCGAUGCAGAUACAGUCAAUGCUAUAAUGUGAAUUCUUUUUUUAAUUUAUAUUUAUUUGUCAGUUUUUUGUUUGAAUUGCCAAAUUGGAAAACUAAGUGCCCACAGGAAGCUAUUUAUGUUUAAAAAAAAAAAAAGUGUAUUGUUAAAAAAAAAAUUUAAAAAAAUGGUAAUGUUCUUUUUGGAUUUUUUUUAUUUUUAUUGAUGAAAUGUGUGCUGGAAAUUUUGGAACAAGGUUUUGUACAUGGGCUCUAAAAAAGGAAUUAAAAGUAAUGAAGAAGUGAUUAUGUUGAUCAUGAUGACGAACGUUUAGCACAAAGUAAUGUGUGUAAGCAUCACAGCCUUAAAUAAGUGUAUGCUUUUGUAUAACCCUGCAGUUAAGAUCACCUUUCACAAUAUCAGUAUAUUGCCCGUUUUAAAUGCUUGCAUUGGGUGUGCAAAAUGUUUGAAUUUUUAUUUAUUUUCAAACAUUCCAUGUUGCAAUUUAGUUAAAACCUGUUUGUGUACAGCACAGAAAUAAAGCAUCGCACUCAUUGAAAA